AUGUCGGAAUCUGAGCGCGGGUACGACAAGGUCAUCUACCUCGACUCGGACGCGUGGAUCCAGCGCAAUCUGGACCACUUGUUUCACCUGGGCGAUGCCGUGUUCUGGGCUCCCCAUGCGUACUACCUCACGGAAAACUACGUGUUUGGGUCGACGCUGCUCGUGUUUGCGCCAUCCAACACGGUGAUUGCCGCCCUCGAGAAGGCGCUGGAGUCUCCUCCGCGCCCCGACUACUUUGACAUGGACGUCCUGAAUGACCUGUACCGACUUGACUGCGGGUACCUUCCCAGCCAUUACGUUGUGCUUUCGUACACGCUCAACGACAACGCUGUGUGGUCGUUCACGUCCAAGGCGGAGCGGAUGGCCCACACGUACGUGUACCAUUAUUCGCCAGGGCUGGGUGUGGGCAAGCCGUGGAGCACGCCGCGCUCGAUCCUGCGCAACAAAAACCCCGCGUACGACCCGCUCUUUUACGACCUGUUUGCUCGAUAUUGGGACCACGAAGACGCUCUAUGCUCAUGGCUACGGCAGUGAUCGCAGUGUUCGUAUAGACCUUAUUUCCAAGCCAUCGGUGAAUGUGUCUUGGUCUGCAGCUCUUGGUAGCAUGGCUGGCUGGAAUCGUUUCCAGGGGUGGCGAACUACAAGCAG